CCCUCCUUGCCCAGGUAAUUACCGAUUGAUACAGAGAUGAACUACUCUCCACCCCUGAGGAAUGAUGCAAAUGCACUAAAGCCAUACUCUUCUCCACCCUGGAGCUCCUGUUGAUAUGCAAAUAUACUAAAACCAGGCGAGAUAUUCUGGAAAUAUUACAGUUCACCCACAUCUGCGCCUAAAUACUGAGCACCAGAGCAAGACUUUUGCCUCUCUUGGAGCUCACAGACUAGCGGUGGGCUCCAUAGGAUUUCAGAUUCUAAGUGCCACGAAUAAAUAACUACAUGGGAUGGAGAGCGUGUGGUCGGGGCAGGCCUUGGUGAGCGAGACCCGAAUGAAAGGGCGCCCCAGGGAGAGGAACAGAGUGCGAAGGCCUGGAGGCAGGAACAGCUCGUGGAGAAUCAAGCUGCUUUGUGUGGCUGGCGCAAACACAGCAAGAGAAUGGUCGGCAUAGGGCCGCAGAGGUGGGCCGGAGGAGGACGCAUGCAGCUUUUAGUCCACGGGGCUGGACUUCAGGAGAGGGGCCUGCCAUCGAAGAGCUUCACAAACGGAGGGACGCACUUCGACCCCGGAGACUUUGCGCACACGGGUGGGCGCGGCUUUGCCUCCAGGAAGGGAGGCGGGGCUCGGGAGGAGGCGCGGCGGGCCCCGCCCCCCGCAGUCCGGAAUCCGCGCGCCCGCAGCCGGAGGUCGCCGAGGAGUCCCGCGCCGGCGCCGUCUCCGACCGCCAUGGCCGCCGUGCUGCUCGCCCGGGCCUGCGGCCCAGCCCGCGGAGCUCUCCAAUCUCCAAACUGGGCCUGGCGUCAGUUACAUACCAUCUACCAGUCUGUGGAACUGCCUGAGACUCACCAGAUGCUGCGUCAAACGUGCCGGGACUUUGCAGAGAGGGAGCUGGUUCCCGUUGCAGCGCAGAUGGACAAGGAACAUCGCUUCCCGGCCGCUCAGGUGAAGAAGAUGGGUGAGCUUGGGCUUCUAGCCAUGGAUGUGCCCGUGGAGUUGAGCGGUGCUGGCCUCGAUUACCUGGCCUAUGCCAUUGCGGUGGAAGAGAUCAGCCGAGGCUGUGCCUCCACUGGCGUCAUCAUGAGUGUCAACAAUUCCCUCUACUUGGGGCCUCUCCUGAAAUUCGGCUCCGAAGAGCAGAAGCGGCAGUGGGUCACUCCGUUCACCAGUGGUGACAGAAUUGGCUGCUUUGCCCUCAGUGAACCAGGGAACGGCAGCGACGCGGGGGCUGCCUCCACUACUGCCCGGGAAGAGGGUGAUUCUUGGGUUCUGAACGGCACCAAAGCCUGGAUCACCAAUUCCUGGGAGGCCUCAGCCGCCGUGGUCUUUGCCAGCACACACAGAUCCUUAAAAAACAAGGGCAUCAGUGCCUUCCUGGUCCCCAUGCCGACGCCUGGCCUCACGCUGGGGAAGAAGGAGGACAAGCUGGGCAUCCGGGCCUCAUCCACGGCCAACCUCAUCCUUGAGGACUGCUGCGUCCCCAGGGACAACCUGCUGGGGGAGCCGGGGAUGGGCUUCAAGAUAGCCAUGCAAACCUUGGACAUGGGCCGCAUUGGCAUCGCCGCCCAGGCUCUGGGCAUUGCUCAGGCUGCCCUCGAUUGUGCUGUGAACUACGCCGGGAACCGCAGGGCCUUCGGGGCACCGCUCACCAAGCUCCAGGGCAUCCAGUUCAAGUUGGCGGACAUGGCCCUGGCCCUGGAGAGUGCCCGGCUGCUGACCUGGCGUGCUGCCAUGUUGAAGGAUAAUAAGAAGCCUUUUACCAAGGAGUCAGCAAUGGCCAAGCUGGCUGCAUCGGAGGCUGCAACUGCCAUCAGCCACCAGGCCCUCCAGAUCCUAGGUGGCAUGGGCUACGUGACAGAUAUGCCAGCUGAGCGGCACUACCGCGAUGCACGCAUCACCGAGAUCUAUGAAGGCACCAGUGAGAUCCAGAGGCUGGUGAUUGCUGGGCACCUGCUCAAGAGCUACCAAAGUUGAGCCUCCGCAGGGCUGACCUGUACCCAACCCUGGAUCAGCUGGCCUGAGUUCCGUGGGCAAGGGGGUAGGAGCUACGUGGCCUAAACUCUGACUCCCUGAGAGACUGGGGCUGAUGGGAGGGGCCAUUUCUCCUCUUGCCAGGAGCACCCUGGCCCCAGUCCUUCUGGUGUGGCCUCACCUGCCACCCCCACCUCUGCCCACCCCAGACCUAACUGCCUGGGCUGAGUCUCAGACACAGGGACGGUGGGGCAGUGACCUGCGGCUGAGGAGCACCCGUCUUUAGCUCUGCUUCCUGGCUUCGCUCCAUGUUCACCGCUGUGCCUUAGUUCCUUCAUCAGAGUGGACAUGGCCUGGAGGUAGGGCUGUGGGAAGGGCUAAGUUACCAUUUUGGGACCCCACAGCUCUGUUCCGGGGGCCCUGGGUCUCAGCAGGAGACCAGUGGGACAGGCUCUUGGCAGCGUCUGCUCCCUGAGUUCAGGUGUCAGGAUGGGGAGUUGGGGUUGGGCAGAAGGACCAGGCCUCAGUAGUAGAGGCUACGGUCUCUAGGCCUUGGGGGCUGGGUCAUUAAGGCAGCUCAGAGCCCCUUCAGCCCUCUCUUUGUAAAGAAUAAAGUGUGUGCAGCUGGGUGGGCUGGCUCAUGCCCUGGGACAAUCAAGUGUGGGGACUGAUUGUGGAUAAUAAAGCGUAUCUGCCCUGG